AUGAAAUGGCGGAAGGAUGGCACCGUUCCCACGGGGUCUUUUGGAAUGCCUCAUAGAUGUGUCAACUGGGAACAGGUAGAGGCGUGGGCUUCUGAGCGCAAGAUUGAGCGGUUAAUGGAGCCUGGAUAUCUCUUUCACCCUACUCUCGGCCCGGCGUAUCCGGGCGGUCAUGGAGAUCCUAUCGGCGAGUUUGAUGCGGGCACGAACUCUCACUCGCACAUAUAG